AUGACGAAGCAAAAGCCCGACGCCGCAGAAGUAUCGCAACGAAAGAAGAACAAAAAAGCCGGCCGCCGUCUGCAUGGGCUCGAGAAAAAGGGCAAAUUGAAGCGCCAUGUUCGCGACAAGAUCAAGGCGAUCGACGCGGAGAAGUCGAAGCACAGCCUGCAAAAAGCGCUCAACAUUGAAGACGAUUGGGUGGCGGAGCGUCAGCGGCAGUUCCAAGACGAGGAUGAGGACGACAUCUUGCCGCUGGACAUGCUUGACGCGGAUAUUGACUGGGACAAUACGCCGUUUGCAGCGGUGAAGCGGAGACACGACGCGAGAAAAGUCAAAGAAGAAGAUGAAAGCGACGACGAGAAGGAAGGAGAAAAGCGCCGAAAAUUCAAUGAUGGUCUUGCCGAAGAUCAGGAGGAAAUGUUGCCCAUCAAGUUGAGCGAUGGCACAAUCCUCAGGCCCACACGCACAAAGGAGAUCAAAGAAGAAGCUGCGGACGAGGGGGGCCAGGUGAAGUUCGAGAACGACUUGUCCGACGAUAAGCCCAGAUUCGUGGAGGAGGAUUUCUCGCAUCUGCACGGCGCCCAACUGCACCAGAAGCACGCCGAAUUGGUGCAACUCGCAAUCGAUGAGCUCCGCCGGCACGAGCGAGCGCUAACCGCCAACCCGCAAGAAAAUAUUCACAAGCUACGCGAGAUUUUGUCGAUGUGCAAGGGUGAGAAUCAGCAUUCUCUGGUGCGCGAACAAGUGCAACAAUUGUCGAUGGCCCACAUGGUUAAAGUGUUGCUCGAUCUGAUCCCCGGCUACCCGAUCCGACCAAUGUCCGAGACGGAAACCGGCGGGGCCAAGCUGAAAAAAGAAACCCGCAAGCUCGUCACGUUCGAAGAGACGCUGCUCCGAUAUUACGUGAAGCUGUUGCAAUACCUGGAGAAGCAGUCAAAUCGCCUGCUUCAGAAACGGAACACCUGGGACGAGAAGGUGUUCUCCCACAAAUUUGCCGUCCUUGCCGUGAAGUCGAUGGGGCGACUGCUCCUUGGCGCCCCGCAUUUCAACUACGCCAACAAUAUUGUGACGACGCUCGUCCGGUUGACGCUUAGCAGCCAUGCAAAGACGGUUGAAAACGUGUGCGCCGUCAUUUCGCAGCUUUUCGCGAGAGACGUUUCGCUGAAGAUUACGAGUUUUGCCUGCAAGACAAUUGCCGACCUGGUACGCAAGAAGCCGAUGGCCGCAUCACCGUCACUGUUGCGAACAUUUUUAUCGCUGACCAUCAAGGAAGUCGCUUCGGACAAGAAGAAUAACGAUAAGGACCGGCUGAUCGCGAAGAAGUACCAGAUCAAGAAGGAGCGCAAGAAUAAGACGGCCAAAAAGUUUGACAAGCAAAUCAAGAAACUGGAAAGUGACCUGAAGGAAGUGGAAGCGGCGGAAAGUAUUACUUCAAAGCUGAAAAUGGCGACCGAAUCAAUGAAGCACGUCUUCCAAGUGUACUUUUCGAUCCUGAAGCGCAUGCCGAAUCUCUAUUGUCUGGAACCGGUACUCGCCGGACUUUCGAAAUAUGCGCAUCUGUUGAACGUUGAAUUCCUGGAGGACAUCAUCAAGUGCCUCGAGGAUCUGGUCGACCAGAAGCAUCUCCGCUUGAUCGACCGGCUCCAAUGCAUCAACACCGUCUUUGUCAUCCUCUCCGGGCAGGGCCAAGUGCUGAAUGUCGACCCUUGCAGAUUCUAUCGCACGAUGUAUCGCCUGCUGAACACGCUGCCGUUCGAGACGGACCCGGAGGUGCUGCUCAACCAAGUGCUGAUGCUCGCCAAGUCGCUCGACAUCAUGUUCAACGUGCGCAAGAAGCAGGUGCCCGUGACACGAGUGGCCUCCUUCUUCAAGCGACUCCUCUGCAUGGCCGUGCUCUUCGACGACCGGCCGGCGUUGGUGCUGCUGGCGUUGUGCCGCUCGUUUUUCAUUUCCCACCCCAACCUGUCGGCGCUUUUGGAGGACGACGAGACCGGGCCAGGUAUAACGUCCAUCUACGCCCCAUCGAUGGACGACCCGGACAUCAGCGGGGCUAUGGGAAGUGACGCACGGCCAUUCCUACGAAAACUACACGUCGACGGCCGGGCCCCAGAAGUACGCGCGUUUGCCAACAAUAUGCUAAAGGGUCUCCCACCGCCCGACACGCAUUCCUAUGCAAAGAUGACGGUCGUGAAGCCCUGGAAAGUGCUCGAACACGCCGGCGCCGACUCGCUGACCGGCAGGGGCGCCCAGCAAGAGGUGACCAAGUUUGCGCAGAAAAAGUCGAAACAAAAGCUCACCUCGCAGAACGUGUUCACCAUCACCGAGGAGUGGGUGGAGCGCGUGGCCAAU